AUGAAUGAUACCGACGAUGUUACCAACAGAUUGGCCGAGCUCCUGCGGCAUCCUGACGACUUGGACAAGAUCGCAUCAUUGAAGAGUGAAUUCACGCGCAAGAAGGCCGCUGUCGAUGGCCAGCUACGCAUAGGUCUCAAGGAGCAGCUCGAAAUUACCCAACAAGGAAUGUCCAGCAUCAACGAUGGUCAACAUACUGUCAACUUGAUCAAGGACGAGAUGAUCAAGAUCGAUCGUCUCUGCGUUGAGGCCCAGAACAUGAUCCAGGACUUUCCAUUUGUCGAUAAAGUGGCUCAAACACAUCGCAACUUUGCCCAAGUCGAAGAUAUGAAGGCCCAGAUCGAGUCUUUUGGUCGCAAUUUGGACGAUCUCGAAAAUUUGCUCCGCGAGGAUGAUGAAAACACCGAGAAUCAAGACAAUCUCCUUGCUAUACAUUAUGGCCUUACCAAAUUGCGCGACAUUCGGGAUAUUGCUUUGGACUCGAUCAAGUCUUCAACUGAAGAUGCUGGUACCGAGCUCAUAAACAAUCUCCAGCUUGGCGAGACAGGUGCCACUUUGCAAGACCACUUCACCAGGCUGGAUGAUGUGAUCGAUUGGUUUGACGAGCACGUAGGUUCUGCAUGUCUAAACCUGAUUCCUCUCGUGCAGUCAGGCAAUAAUGGCAUCAUCGUACGUUUGGCCUUGAUUGUCGAGAAAGAAGAGGAGAAAGACCGCCAGGUCGAAGCACUUCAGCACGCCCACCGCGAGUUCAAAGACCUGGCCUCCCGCUUCAAGUCCAUGAAUGCUGGCCAAAAGGAACUGCGCGGUUACAAAGACAAAUUCCUCAAAGCCAUCGAAUACAACUGUCAGGCUCAAUUUGACCAAGCUGGAGAGACUUUCUUCGAGGAUCCGGACAAGCUGGAGAAAAGCGUGCGCUGGUACUUCAAUGAUCUCAACACUGUCAAAUUGGGCAUGCAAACUCUCAUGCCUAAAAAGUGGCGUAUCUUCAAGACCUAUGUCGGCAUAUAUCACAAGCUUAUGCACGACUUCCUCAUGUCAAAGGUCCAGGACGACCAGCUAAAUCCUCCCCAUAUGCUAGCCAUUGUCCAUUGGGUCGCCAAGUACUAUGCUAAGAUGGAUAAGCUUGGAGUAUCUGCUGAUCAACUUCAUCCUCAUGUCAUAGACGACCGAGAAGCAGACAUUAUCCGUGAAUACAGAACUCUCAUCACUAAUGCUGUGGAGCAAUGGAUGGAUCGCAUGUCGACUACUGAUCGGCAAACUUUCCUCGAGCGCAAAGAGAACACGCUCGACACAGACGCAGAGGGCCACCUACGGACCAAGACUUUGGGCGAUUUGUGGCGCAUGCUGCGUGAACAACUUACUGUAGCAUCCUCUUCUGACAGACCUGAUGUCGUUGAAGGUGUCGUUGAGUCCAUGAUGCGUGCUCUGCAAUCAAGACAAUCCAUGUGGCAACAACUCAUCGAUUCAGAAACACAAAAGUAUACUUCGCCCACAAUGCCACAGGCCGAGCAAGAAGGUCUGCAAUCAUUGCAAGAUUGGCUGGUUGCAAUUGCCAAUGACCAAAUUGCAUGCAUUGAUGACCACGAAGAGCAGGGGCAGAUAUCAUACCUCACAACUUUCAGACGCGAGUACGAAACGAUCGUUACACCAGCAUACGCGCUGUCGUCAAAUACUGAGCUCGACACUCUGCGUGACGGUUAUGUCGAUCUCGGUACACAUUGCAUAACCCUCUUCACAGCUCUUAUAUUCUCCGUUGACUUCCGAGGUAUUCUUGCCGAGUUCUUUACUCCUGCUUGGUACAACAAGAAAGCAAUGGCUCAGAUCAUCUCAACCUUUGAAGACUACUUGGCUGACUACUCUGACGUUUUGCACCCGUCUCUGAGGGAUGUUCUCGUCGAAGAACUUGCCGAUGAAUUACUGGUCCGUUAUCUGUCAGCUAUUCGCAACCGAGGAGUCAAGUUCCGACGUGGCGAUCCCUUCAACGAGAAGAUUAAAGACGACGUCUUGACCGUGUUCAACUUCUUCUCGACUCAAGAGGCUUCCUUCCCGGCCAUUAAAGACAAAUGGAGAGCUGUUAAUGCCUUCGUCGAGCUUCUCAAUGCCGAGAAAGGACCCGCAGUCGCAGAUGCAUAUGAACAAUUCAAGCGGGAAAAUUGGGACCUGCAGAUUGGUUGGGUCGAAGCUGUUCUGAGAACUCGUGAUGACUGUGAUAGGUCUUUGAUAGGACUCGUCAAAGCCCGGGCUGCAGAAGUCGAAGUCGAACGAGGUAUGGAGACCGUUAUGAGCAAAGUGAGAUGA